GUGUAUUGUAAUGUCAUGAAAGUGAGAAUUGUUUUUAACAUUGAUUAAGUAGUAUCCUCUUGAGUGAAGUUGUAUUUUCCUGCGUUCUAAGAGCAGUGUAUGAACUAAAUAUAUAUUUAUUUUUUUGUGGUCUCUUGGGCCCCCCACAGGCCUGGGCUAAGGGGCUUUAGCCCCGGUAAGCCCUUGCAUUAAACUAUUGUCAAUCCACCCCGUGAGCGAAUCACUUCACCCCCAUCUUUCAAACCAAAAGCUGUAUCACUUCGCAUCAAGACAGCGAGAGAAAUAAAUCUAACAAUUUCCUCAACCGCCGCCGACAUGCCAUCCACCAGCGAGAGCAGGUACACCUAUGAGCAGUACAAGGAGACAGCUGAUUGGCUGCUGGAGCGUACGCAGCACAUGCCCAAGGUGACGUACCCGGUGCGUGUGUUUACUCUGCUUGGGGUGGAGGCAUUGUUAGUGACCAACACUGCAGGAGGACUGAGCCCUAAGUUCAAUGUUAAUGACAUCAUGUUGAUCGGAGACCACAUCAAUAUGCCAGGCCUGGCCGGGUACAACCCUCUGAGGGGAUACAACGAUGACAGGUAUGAGUACAGUGCCAGAAGUGAUAGUGGCUCGUCACAGUAGUCUGCGUGUGUUUGGCCUGUCUCUCAUCACCAACCACGUGGUGUCAGAGUAUGGCAGCCAGGACCGCGUCAACCAUGAGGAGGUGCUGGAAAUCACCCAGCGACGCAAAAACAGGACCUGCAGAAACUCAUCAUCAACCGCCUGGCCCGAAUAUAGAUACACACACUAUCUGAUUUUAUUGAACAUCACUAAGGGCAGCUUGAAUCCGAGAUGAACGAGUGUAUCUGAUUCCACACACUGUAUCCAAAUCAGUAUUUGUGAGUUUAGAUGUUUACAGCGCUACUUUACACACACCACUCUGUGAGAAACUCUGAGUUUACUUCUCCAGAGAGCCAUGUUGAUAUGUGCAGAUGUGUGUGACUGAGUUAUUAAUAUGUGCCUGAGAGAGAGAGAGGUCUUGGAAUACAGUGUACUCAACUCCACCUUAUUAUUGUCCACAACUGAUUAUUCUUAAGUAAUAUCUUAUUUUCUUGAAAAAGCUGACACUGAUAUUCCAUUCAGUCCAAAGUCAUUUUUGUAACUAUCUUUGUAAAAAUAAAUGAUUAAAUUAUAGCACUGUUAUCAGUUAUAGUACUGACAGUAUGGACAGUUUUAAUUUAUUAAUAUAAAAGUUUAUUAUUCUACGAACAUAAUGUAUCUUUCUGCUUACUUGCUGUUCUUGCCUUGCUUAUAACCCUGCGUCUCUUCUGAAAACUCUUGUGAAAUUAAAGGCACCGUUCCGAUCA